GCCUCGAUGACGACUUCGACUUUCUCGGCGGCGGCCGCGGGGACGACAUGGACUUCAUGGGCGGCGGCAGGCCAAAAGGCAAAGGCAAAGGCAAGGGCAAGGACGACAAGGGCAAGGGCAAGGACCCCAAUGCACCGCGGGAGCCCAACCCGAAGCAGGUGUUCGUGGCCAACGUGGGGGAGUUGGAGGAGGACGAGAUCCAGGCGAUCUUCGAGGACGUGGGCGAAGUGGAUCGGAUGAAGGUCCUCCGCAACGAGGACGGCUCGUCCAAGGGCGUGUGCUUCGUCACCUUCCGCACGGAGGAGCAG